CUAAGAUAACCUCACUGUUAGCUACAAGUACAUUUUCCGUUAUAUUCUUUAAUUCCAUUACUAUGAGUUUUAUAAGAGAAUUUUACAUCGAUUUAUUAGACAAAACAUUAUCAUUUCACCAAAAAAUAGAGGGUGAUGUAAGUUGUGUGGUCUGGGACGCUUCAAUUGUUUUAGCCAAAUACAUGGAGGAGAGGUGUAAAAAAAAUAUAAACUUUUUAAAAAACAAAAGAGUACUAGAAUUAGGAGCUGGAUUAGGUUGUGUGGGUUUAACAGCUGCUUGUUUGGGAGCUUGUGUAGUACUUACAGAUUUGCAUAAUGCUUUGCCUUUAUUGGAACUGAACAUAAAGUGUAAUAGGGACGUUUUAGAUGAGUUGAACACUUCAAUCGAAGCAAAAACUUUACAAUGGGGCCAAGAUUGUGAUAUUAAAUUUACUCCAGACAUUAUUUUACUUGCUGAUUGCAUUUAUUAUGAAGGGUCCAUUAAACCUUUGAUUAAGACCUUAUUAGAUUUAAGUGGAAAAAAUACUACCAUAAUUUUGGCACAGGAACUUAGGGACUCUGAUAAACAAAGGGCCCAUUGGAAAUAUUUUUUAGAAAAUAUACAAACACAUUAUAAACUAUAUUUUGUUCCUCAGAGUGAGCAGAACCCACAAUAUUCUAGCCCUGAUAUUGUUCUCAUAGAAAUGAGAAAACUGUGAUACAUGAUAUACAUCUGUAACUUUGCAUUUAAUGAAACACAAUAAAUACAUUUACACUUUUUAA